AUUGACGACGAAGGUCGUUACACCUGCGUGGCUCGAAACGUAGUCGGGAAGGCUACGGCUGAUGUUGAUUUCGAUGUACAAACUAAGCCACGCUUCCUCGAUAAGGAUAAAGAGAACACCAUUGACUUGGUUCAGGGCGAAACGUUGAUCCUGGAAUGCCGCGUUGAAGGGGAUCCCAGACCACAACUAAAGAAGUAA